AUGAAUCCUCAAACAUCAUUAACAAGAAAACAAUGUGAUUUUACCAAGCUUAUUAUGGCUGGGUAUGAUUUAGAAUUGAAUAAUGGGAGCACACAAGAUUUUGAUGUUAUGUUUCAUGGGCCCAAUGGAACUGCUUAUGAGGGAGGUAUAUGGAAAGUUCACGUGACCUUACCUGAUGAUUAUCCAUUUGCUUCACCAUCUAUAGGAUUUAUAAAUAAAUUAUUACAUCCUAAUGUUGAUGAGGCAUCAGGAUCUGUGUGUCUCGAUGUUAUAAAUCAAACAUGGACCCCCUUAUAUAGUCUUGUUAACGUUUUUGAAGUUUUUUUACCUCAACUAUUAACCUACCCUAACCCAUCCGAUCCAUUGAAUAGUGAUGCUGCUUCUUUAUUAAUGAAAGAUAAAAAUAUAUAUGAAGAAAAAGUUAAAGAAUAUGUAAAAUUAUAUGCAAGCAAAGAUUUAUGGGAACAACAAAAAAAAGAAAAAAAACCUUCAAACAUGAAUGGUAAUAUUUCCCCUGUAAGUGAAUUAUCUUAUGUUGACCAAGAUGUUCAAGAUAUCGAUUUAGACAAUUUAUGA